AUGAAUAAUAUGUCUUCAACACGAUGUCACCGCGAUUCGUUAUAUAACAGACUGUUUAAUAUAUUGUCUAACAAUACUAAUGCCUCCAGCUGUUUAACAUUGUACAGUUCCAGUACUGAAUAUCGAGAUGUUUAUCAUGCCGGCAGAUAUUUCUAUGCUUAUUUUACACCUAUCAUUAUCGUUGUUGGGAUUCUUGGAAAUACACUAUCACUUAAUGUAUUUCUUUCACGAAAUCUACGAUCGUUGUCUUCAAGUACGUAUUUAGCAGCCCUUUCUGUAUCCGAUCUGUUUAUAAUAACAUUUUACGUGACAGUUGAAUGGCUAAGAAGAGGGUUAACUUUUUUAUUCCCUGGAACUAAUGUGAGAUUUCUUGAUGUCAAUGGUAUGUGUGAAUUCCAAUUGUAUGUAUCGUAUGUGUCGAGAUUUAUGUCGUCUUGGUUAUUAGUAGCAUUUACAGUAGAACGAUAUAUUGGUAUUUGUUUUCCAUUACUUCGAAGAAACCUUUGCACAACGACAAGUACUAGGAAAAUUGUAUCCGCCAUCUUUUUAUUUUCUGCUAUCAUAGUAAUAUACAAGCCAAUACUAAGCGGGAUUUACCAGAGUGAUGCGGGUAAUCUAUACUGCACUGGAUCACCAAAACACGGCUUCAUAUCAUUUGUGUUCGAUUCAAUCUUUGCACUUCUGAUUUCAUUUGUUCCUUUCGUAAUUGUUAUUGUUAUUAAUAUUUUAAUAAUGAGAAAACUUCUUCGACAAAAGAGAAGUAAAAAUUGUAAGAGAGUAAUGACAGAAGAAAGUACAAUCCGUCUAGAAUUUACAAUUAUUCUUUUAGCACUGUCUAUAUGUUUUAUUAUUUUCAAUAUUCCAUAUCUCGUGUUGUGGUGCCGGAAUUUUCUGACUUCAAAAUAUGUCACAACACUAAACGCUAGCACAUCAGACGUCAAUUUAUCGUACUGGCAAGGGCUUUUAUAUUUUGUUCGUACAAUUUUCUAUAUCAAUUACUGUAUCAAUUUCUUCCUGUAUUUGAUAACCGGCGCAUAUUUCAGACGUGAAGUGCGAGUGUUAUUUUCAUAUAAAACUUUACGAAGAAGUAUAGAUCGCAACGUUAAAGAUGAUGCUGCAUAUGUUUGUCUAAGACUAAUAUAAGUAAAGCUAAUUAAAAAGAAAUAGUUUUCUUCAAGAGUUAACGGGGCUAUAACAGCAAAUAUACGAGAUUCAUCAAAGAUGAAAAAAAUGAUAGAAAAAUUGUG